CAAAAGAAAAUGCUACAUUCACCAUUUUAAAAUAUUGUACAGUAUUUUAUAACAGUGAACCAUAAGAUCAUGUCGUCUAUAUACGCCACAGUUCCCAAAGCUGCAGGGGUGGAGGCCCGUUUGGCUAAAGCAAAGCCAUAUAUGGGGAUACCACAAAGCAAUUUAACUUUGCUUCUACCACUUGUCGCCGUCGUAUGCCUGGUGGUACCAUGGGGUGUAUUUGUACUACCUGUCUGUGCGAUAUAUGUAUUGCUAGUGGUCGCUCCUAUGCAGUUGAAAGCAUACUUCGCCACUGUCGACGUAUCCGCUGACAAGAGCGUUGCGUCAAUUAAACCUGUAGAAAAGCUCACGCCCUUGGAAGAUAGGGAGUUCGACGUAGUUGUGUUCGGUGUUACCGGACAUUCCGGAUUCCUACUAGCCGAGUACCUAGUGAUGCAGUACGCUAGCAAAGGCAACCUAAAGAUUGCGCUUGCUGGUCGCAAUGCCAAAAAGCUUGCUGCAGCUCGUGAGAAAUUGGCCAUCAAUUCACACCCGAGUGCCCUAGACCUGCCUCUUCUUUUCGCCGACUCGAGCAACGAUGCAUCUCUAGAAGAUAUGUGUAUGCGCACGAAAGUAGUAGGUACUACCGUCGGCCCGUUCUUGAAAUACGGUGAGAGUCUUGUACGUGCGUGUGCUCGUACCGGAACUGGUUAUUGUGAUCUAACUGGUGAAACUGGGUUUGCAGAGAUAGCUUACGCCAAGUACAAUAAGGUUGCGGUGGAGACUGGAGCGCGUGUCGUGUCAUUUACCGGGUUCGAUUCAGUUCCCGCUGAUGUUGGUACCAUCGAGGUUGUUAAGAAGUUCAAGGCGAAAUUCGGUAAGGCUCCAGCACAAGUUGAUUGUGUGUACUCCAAACUGGGCGGUGAGGCUGCGGGUGGAACUAUUGAUACAGUUGUACAUCUGCUUGAGAACGGUCUGCCACCCACCAUUGUAGGCAAAAAGGACCAACCAACCAAGAAGGGUGAGGCCAGUAUGACUCUACCCUUUGUCUACUACAAUCGCUAUGCCGAAUCUUGGACUAUUCCUUUCUUCAUGGCCCCGGUGAACAGCAAAGUUGUGGAGUGGACUAACAACGAGAUCGGGCACAGCCCCAAAUUAUCGUACAACGAGGUUAUGGGCAUGCCCAACAUUUCAUCGGUUAUCAUUGGCAGUCUAUUAGGUAUGAUUGGUGGCUCAUUCUUCGUCAUGAAGGCCACUCGUGACCUUAUCUUCAGCAUGGGAUGGCUCCCUAAGCCCGGAGUUGGACCCAGUAGAGCCAAAAUCGCCAAGGGCUACUCUCUCGCAACAUUCUAUGCAUCCUCAGCCGAUGGCAAGUGUGUAGAGUCUCUUCGUUGGGCCAAUAUUGGUGACCCCGGAGGCUUUGCCACUGCGCUUUACCAAGGUGAGUGUUGUGUUGCCUUGGUGAAGGACUCGGACCGACCUGGACCCCGCCCAACCGGAGCUGGCCUCACGGUGGGUAUGUGCAUUGGUGCUGAUGUCAUGCUUGAGCGUCUCAAUGACUCUGGAUUCCUCAAUAUCGUCUAGAGUGCGCUGGCAUGAACUAGCCAAUUAGAAAUAAUAUUAAACUACAUACUGUCUAUAUAUCUG